AUGGGGGACAGUCCACGAUUUAGUCUCAUCUUCGGUCGCUUGUACCUACGGGGUCUCCGUACUGGUUCGCCACUCGAUUUUACGCGUUCUAGGUCACCAUUCGCGUCCACAGGCACGGGCCUUCCGUUCGCUCAAGCUCCAAUCGAUACGGCAGGAUUGAGCUUGGAUAUCACCAUGCGCCUCUACCUUCAUCUUCCUCCCAAGUGGAUCAUCUUCAGACCCACCGGUGCCACGCUCUGGUCUGGCGUUGAGGAGUCAAUUGGGUUUUACGAUGGUCCAAGGGCUGAUACGCCUGGUGAUGAUGUUCUAAGAGAUACGCCUGGUGAUGAUGUUACUCCUCCUGGUGCUGGUCCUGACACGCAGACUGAGCCAGAAACGGAAGGAGGCUACAACAUCGCUCCAUCCCAAUUAUCCGAAAGGGACGAACUGAGCAUGGCAGACCUGCUCCUCCUCUUCUCCCACCACUCUCCUGCUGCACACCCGAUAACGGGAGCGGAGGCGUAG